AAUGUGAUUAAUUUGUGAUUCACUUUUAAUUUUUCUAUAUCAUUUGAAACUAAGCUUGCUUUGUUUUAACAAGUUGAAAACAUGGAACAGCAAACGAAUCAUAAUCAACAAAAAGAUAUUCCCAUUUUGAAUUUCUCAAAUUAUAAUCAAUGGCGAACUCUAAUGAUGACUAGAUUGAUGGAAAAAGAUUUAGAUAAAGUCGUCUGGGGCAAUGAAAAUGAUCCAUCAUUACCAUCAGAAAUGAAUGCCGAAGCAUUAUUAUUCAUAUACAAACAUUUGGAUCGUACAUUACGACAACGAUUUCGAAAUGAACGAAAUGCAAAACACUUAUGGACCGAAUUGACCGGAUAUUUUGAACGCUCUAAAUCGACAUUUAUUACAUUCAUACGUUUGAAAUGUCAAAAGGGUAAAAGUCGUGAUUAUUGUACGCAAUUUUUCACCAUGAUCGAACAUCUUAGAAUGUAUGGUAUUCAAUUCGAUGAAAAUAUUAUCCAAGAAUUACUCUUAUCGAAAUUACCAGCUGAAUUCGAUUCAUUAAUACAUUCUAUUCGUUAUAAUACACAGCAUCGUGCCUAUACACUUGAAGAGCUUAAAUCUUUGAUUUUUUAUUACGAAUCGUUAUUUGAAAAAAAAUGUCAACAGCAAAAUGCCAAACAACAUUGUCAACAUCAUCAACAACAACAGCAACAUCAACAACAACAACAACAGCAGCAGCAUCCAAUGAAUAAUUUCUGGAUCCCAAACGGUUUUUCACAACCAUUUUUUCAUCCCCAAUUUACCUUUAUUCCACAAAAUUUUGCUAACCCAUAUUAUACAAAUCAACAACAACAGCAAACUAACUAUAUUCCUAGAUCAAAAUGAAAAAAAAAAUCUAAACACAAUAUU